AUGACAAACAUUUAACAUCAUUUUAAACUAAUUGUCACAUAAACCCUAUUCUUUGCUGAUUUGAUUGAAACCACCAUAAGUCUAAGCGUAUUAUUCAUUCUAGUUAUGUAUUGGAUUAAUUCUCAGAUAUCAAGCAAUAAUGAAACUAUUAUUGAAAUAAUGAAGGCUAAUAUAACAUUGACAGGUAUUGAUUUGCAACAAACUAUUUCCUCAAUUGGAUUUUUAUUCAAUAUUUCUAAGUUGACAAUUAAUCAACAGGAGAUAUCCUAACAAAAUUCUACUUUAUAAACAACUAUAGGUGCUUUUACAGCUUCAGAAAUGUCUUAAAUCGCAUAGAUUGAAGAAAUAACCAAAAUAUAUAUUCCAAACCUCCCUUAUUUCGUAAUAUAAUUAUCUUCAGGGAGUCUAUGUGCUUAGAACACAACUUUAGAUUAGUACGAUUUUAAAUCAACUCCGAACUGCACAAAUCAUCCAAAAUUCUGUUAAUUAUUGGAAAUCUCUGAGAACUCAAAGGGCAGUUUCAACCUUUUUUAAUAUAUGAAAAGUUAAAUGAAAGAUCAAGCUGUAUUUUAUAGUUUGUUUCCAUUCAAUAUUCAAUUGACAUAGAUAUGUGGACAAUUAGUUAGUGAUUCAUUAUAUUAGUGUUUUAUUUUGGAUUUAGCAGAGUAUAAGUAUUAGGAAGGCAUUUUAUACACAGCUCUGUUUACUAUAAAUAAUUCAGUAAUUUCUGAUGUAAGCGAUGACUGUCUUACUGUUGAUUUGAAAUGCAGUCCUGUUACUGAAUUAAGUAAUAUGGAUUUAAAUGAUUAGAAUAAUUAAGACAUUGUUGAGUUUUUAGAGAGUAUAGAAAAAACUUAUUGGGUCAAUCAAAUUCAUACUUUAACUCGUAAUUAUGAGUCAUCGAAUCCAAUUAUAAGUUUGUCUAUGGUAGACAUGAAGGUCUAUUUUUAUUAAGCAAUUAAAAUUGGGACUUAUGACAUAAAUGAUGAGUUCUCUUCAGAAUAUAAGGAGGACCUAUUAAAUUAAACCAAAGAGGAAUAAGAUAAACUCAUUGCUCUCCAAUAAAAUUUUAAUAGAUGGUAAUUGCUUGCCACCUUCAAUGAUUAAUUAUACACAAAUCUAGUGGAAACUAAAUAGGAAGAUUAUUUUGAUUUCUUUCUGUUCUUUUAAUUUUUUAUUCUAUUUUUGUUGUUGACUCCCAUUUUAGUCAAUAUAAUAACUCAAAAUGAAUUUGAUCAAAUAAGUAUAACAUUGAAUUAAGUAUCUCUGAUGAUGUAAAUGUUUUUUGAAUUAGAUUAUGAUACAAUGCACAAAGAUUUAAAUGCAUUUAAAGAAAGCCAAAAAAGUAAUUUGACUGAAUUGAAUGAAUUGCUUUAAAUUUUUGAUGAGUUUUGCUGGCUGAUUGAAUUCUUAAAUUAAUUAAAUAAAAAGGUUCAUGAUUUAUAGAAAUUAGAACAAGGAUUACACAUUUUUGAGAAGCGAAACUCUAUUGAAUGUUUGGAGUUAAUUUUGAUGAAAUUGGUAACAGAACUCAGUAGAUAGAAGGACUAUGAGACUGCAAUCACAUACAAUAAACAACUCAUUUCUAUACUAGAACAGUAAAAGAAAGACAUUUAGCUAAUUAAAUCAGAGGAGAUCAUGAGAAUAAACUACAAAUUAUUUCAAUCUCUUAAUUAAUUAUUAGAUCUAUUAUCAAAAUUAUUAAUUAGAAAUAAGAGUCGAGACAGAAAUGCCUUUAACUAAGCAAAGACAUUAUUUUCAAAUAUCAUGGAUUUUGCAGACACCUUAGAGAUUAAGUUCACUUUACAAAUUAAGUUAUUCUUUAAAAAAUGCAAACUACUCUUCAAUCUUAGAAAAAUAAAGGAAGCUGAAUAAUGCAUUGAUUAAGCUUAGUUAAUUUUGCAACAAAAUUACACUUUAAGUAAAAAUGCUUCAUACUAAAAUAAAACUUUUAAUUAAGACAAAAAGCUAUUGUAAGUUGUUCAGUAGAAAAUCUAUUUUUAUAGAGGAUUAAUUUAUAUGUCUAGUGGUUAAUUACAACCGGCUAUCUAAUAAUUAAUGCUGGCUCUAGAUUACGGAAAUGUUUAUAAAGCAAAAUUAAGAGUCAAAACAAUUAAGAUGUUAUCAUCAAUGCUUGCAAAAUAGGAUAAAUUUAGAUCUGAUAGUUAAACCUUAAAAUAACUUCAAUACUUCUUUCAGAAUUAAAAAAGAUAGUUUGUAUUUCUAAUUGAUUCAACACAAAGAAUGGCUGAGAACUAACUAGAAGUUGUAGAAACUAUUAAAUAAAUAUUUUAAAAUAUGAAUGAUGAUGAUUUAAUAUAAGUAUCAACUUUUGAUGAAUAUACGCAUGUAUUAAUUGAAUCUUAAUCAAAAAUUAGUAUCCUAGAAACUAUGGGUAAAAAUUAUAUGGAGGAUGGAUUUUUUGAUUAUUUAAGCGGGAGAUAGACAUAAAAUUAAAGAAAAUUGUAUUAAGGAAUUUUGGAAUCUUUGAAUCAAGAUCUUCCUAGAAAGUACACUAACUAUUUAAUUGUAAUGACUUUUGGGGAAAAUUAUGCUGAACAAAAUGAUAAAUUAGUUGAAUUGUUGGAGAAAUUGAGGGAUGGAUUUUGGCAUUUUAUAUUGUGUAGUUCUCAAGAAAAGAAGUAUAUGAAUCAAAGGAACAAUUUUUAUCGUUUGACGGAUGAAGCGAGGGAUGGGACCUAUAUUGAAUUGUUUGCCAAUUUUGAAGAAGGCUUAAGUAAGAUUAUUUCACUUUGUAGUUGA